UACUUCCACCAUGUUCCCCACAGCACUCUGCCAGUCUCCCCCUCUCUCUCUCUCUGUAUGGCUUGACUCUCACGCCAUUGCAAUUAUAUCUCCCCUCAUUUGCCCCAGUCUCUGCUCUCUCUCUCUCUGUCUCCCUCCUGCGCAGCCUCCAAGCUUGGCCAUGGGCGUUCUGCGAGACCCGGGCCGCCGUCUCUCCGUUGCAUUCGCCCUUCUCUUCUUCGCCGCAGCUCUUGGCAGUGGAUUGGUGGUGGGAGCGGCCGCGGAGAGGGAGGAGGAGGCGAGGGGGAGGCAUCAUUUGGAGAAGUGGGAGCACUUGGAGCUGCAGCCGGUGGCGCGGCGGCGGCUGGUGGGUCCGGGGUCGUCGCCGCCGACGUGCCGGGGGCGGUGCGGGCGGUGCCUCCCGUGCCGGCCGGUGCACGUGGCGAUCCAGCCGGGGCGGUGCACGACGGAGGAGUACUACCCGGAGGCCUGGCGAUGCAAGUGUGGGAAUAAGCUCUUCAUGCCCUGAUUCUGACUUCCCUUAGUAUUAACACUUACUAUUCUUACGAAUCAAUAGAGAUAGAGCUAGAAAGGCAGAGGCUCCUGAAUUCCUUUGACCUCUUCUUCUGAAACUAUGUAUUUAUUCUAGUGUUUGUAAGAAUUCUAUCUCUUUUUCUUUUUUUUCUUUUUCUUCCCCCCCCGUCUAGGCUUUAGAUGGUGCUAGCUUUGAGGGCUGGAAUGGAGAUAAUAUUAGUGUUGUCUCUCCCUUCUUUUCUUUUUUUUUUUGUGUUUCCCAAGGGACAAGGUGGGUGGAAAUCAUGUGAUUAUUUUAUUUGUUUCUUGUAGGACAUCUGAUGCAGUUUUGAUUGGUAUUUGACAUGAGCUUUGGGAUCCUGAAAA